UCUCCAUUAAGUUUAGAGGAGGCUUGGAGUGAUGUCACUUCACUCCAGUGUGGGCAUUCAUUCCACUGGCUGUUUGUCUCUCCAAAGAUGCUGUUCACCAACACGCAGAAAAACACCGUUGCGCAGCGCGCGGUGACAAAAGAGGAGCGAAUCUACUCGCGUUGUGAUGUUUUCGGAACACCAUGAGCCGGUCGGAAUAUUUGCUGUUUGAGGAGAGCGUUCUGCGGGCUACAAUCCUGAGCGUUACGCACCACACAUCUCCAUGCGUUAAAGGAGCGCGGCCAGUCUUGUCUGGUUUUGGAAAGGAAGAGGGUGCGAAACGACCAACAUGACACGAAUGCGCAAAUCGGAGCCAGAAUGGAUACGACCCAGUUAAAUGUAUUGGCGGAAAACGUUUCCAACAAUGCCAACACCACGGACGCAUCGCUUGGCUUGCCGCACACGGUGGCAACCACUGCGCUCAUCAUCCUGGUGGUUACGGUGAUCAUCUCGGGGACCAUUGUUGGUAACGUGUUGGUGAUCGUGGCGGUGCUGACCAGCCGGGCUCUGCGUGCGCCCCAAAACCUUUUCCUGGUUUCUCUUGCAUCAGCGGACAUCCUAGUCGCCACACUGGUCAUCCCCUUCUCUCUCGCCAAUGAGAUCAUGGGCUACUGGUACUUUGGAAGUACUUGGUGCGCCUUCUAUCUGGCUCUGGACGUGUUGUUCUGCACCUCGUCCAUCGUGCACCUGUGCGCAAUCAGCCUGGACCGCUACUGGUCAGUGACUAAGGCGGUCAGCUACAACCUGAAGCGGACACCGAAGCGCAUCAAGUCCAUGAUCGCUGUAGUGUGGGUGAUAUCCGCGGUCAUCUCCUUCCCGCCUCUUCUCAUGACCAAACACGAUGAACGGGAGUGCCUGCUGAACGACGAGACCUGGUACAUCCUCUCCUCCUGCAUGGUGUCCUUCUUUGUUCCGGGUCUCAUCAUGAUUCUGGUGUACUGUAAGAUCUACAAGGUGGCCAAGCAGCGCUCCUCCACCGUGUUUGUGGCCAAGAACGGCCAGGAGAGGCAGCCGUCUCAGUCCGAGACGUGCUUCGUGAGGAAGGACCGGUUUGAGACGGAAAGCCCCAGUAGCCAGAGCUCGGGGAGCCGCCAUCAGAAUCAGAGGCAGGGGGAGCUGGAUGACAUUGACCUGGAGGAGAGUUGCUGUCCGACGGAUAACAAAAUGCGCAACCAUUGCUUCACCAAACGGAGAAAGGUCGAAGGGUCAGACUGCUGCCCGCCUCAGAACUGCCGUCUCUCCUGGGCUUCGUCGCGGGCGCUGCAGCUCUACCCGGAGCAGAGGAACCCCGCUGUGCGACAGCAACAACUGGCAGCGGCCAACAAGUCCAAAGUGAGCCAGAUGCGGGAGAAGCGUUUCACCUUCGUGUUGGCGGUGGUGAUGGGAGUGUUUGUGCUUUGCUGGUUUCCCUUCUUCUUUACUUACAGCCUGCACGCUAUCUGCAGAGACAGCUGCUACAUACCUGACGCACUUUUCAACCUUUUCUUUUGGAUCGGCUACUGCAACAGUUCUGUAAACCCCAUCAUUUACACCAUUUUUAACAGGGAUUUCAGGAAAUCCUUCAUGAAAAUCAUUUGCAGAACUUCUGAACGGACAUAAACACUGAUAUAUGUUGUUUUAUGCUGUGGUUGGCACUCAAUCUCCUUGACUAACAGCCCCCCCCCCCCCCGCCGCUCCAAAAUAAUUUACUUUGAACUAUUCUCAUGUUUAAAAAAGACGUGUGUUGUGUGCACAUCUAAAAUAUCUGUGAAUACAGUUCUAAAUUAAGCAAAAAAAGCAAACAUAUUAGUAUAUCAAUGUCGCUAUGGUCAGUAAUGUUAUAUAGAUUUAAUAUAUGUAAUUGUAUAAGAAGUCCUGCAAACAUGCACGUUUGAUCUUAAGAUGUCUGUAUUGCAUAAAUCACCACUGCUGCAAAAAAGCAAGAAAAAAACGACUUCAAGGCAAACUUGAAGUCAUGAUGAAGCUGCAUUCCACUGCUGGCGCCUGCAUCACGGUGUGUGUUUUGUGUAAAGAAAAAAAGGAGAUUAUUCUCCACCAUCCAUAAAUAAUAAGCAAGGGGAUGAGGAGGCAAGCAGGUAUGUUCAGUCAGUGUAUCUCACAGUGGAUCAAAAAUGAAAUAAAAUGCUACAGAUGAAAUUAUUUACAGUCCUCGUCUUAAAAUAGAAUGCAGCAUCGUAGAUAAAAGUGGCGCAACGGCAGGUUUUUCGAAUCGAUUUUUUUCUUGCUGCCGUUAAAGCUACAGAAAGACAGGCGAUACUGCCGGUGAACCCUCUAAACUUAUGUAAGAGUCUAAUCUCGCACCACCUCACGCCACAACAAUGUCUAAGCUGAGGCCUGCAUAUGCAAAACCUAUUGGACAAAUCUGUGGGUUUCAUUUUAACACCUCCACGUACCUCGGCAUUUCCUUGGUAAAUAUUUGAAACAGACACUUAUUUUUGGGUUGUGUAGUCCUGCAAAUUCUACUUUCAUUGUGCUUUAAAAUCACCUUUCCAGUCUCUUAUGAAUACAAUGUGACUGCUGGGAUGAGAAAAGUAGCCUUCAGUAGACUGGACUGACUGCUACAUGGACACAGGAUUGUAAAGCUGCUCACAUGAGAAACUUAAAAAAACAUCUCUAGAGAUAUUGUGGGAAGAGCUUGAUCUCCACCCAGCACGCCAUCUCCUUGGUGUAAUAAGAGACCUUACUGUAGUAUCUCGCCAAGUCUCAGGCUCCUCGGCCUCAUGUAGCUGUUAUAGAAAAAGUCCUAUAAAUCAUGGCCACCUCAAACUCUGCCUGCAUCGUACUGGAUGUAAAUUGGAUGUGAAAUGUUGUACAUAUGAUGAAACUUGCAAGUUCCUGCUCUUCUUUGGAAAAACAUUGCAUAGUUAGAAAAAAAAGUUGACUAGUUCCGUAUUAGCCUACUGUAUUCAUGGUGGGGGGGGGAUAAACUAUAUUUGUAUCCUCUGCGGCAUGUCUUCAAAGCAGCUCUACGGCUCAAUGGCGCCUCGCCAAAGAUAAUCACGCUGUUUGAAGGCUGUCAUGCUUGAAAGGAGUCCUUUUUUUAUAGCUGUAUCCAAGUCUUUCUUGUGAUGAGGUUGUUGUUAACAUAUUGUCGAGGGAAACCAGAGCGAAUGCGUUUGCAUAUUUCUUUUUUGACUCUGGACACAUGGCACGAUUCUAUUCAUGAGUAUUAAACAUUCUGAGACAAGUGCAGCAGGGGAGAGGCUUCAAAAUAAUGAAAUGUAUGGGCAUAGUCCUACUCACAGGUAGCAUUCAAAUGUUUGUUUGCUUUUCAACUUGAAGAGCUACUACUGGGGGGAAAGGUGUUAAUGAUGUUGGGAAUUGUGUAACUAUAUGUUGUUGUGUACGUAUACAACUUAAUUUCAAUAUAAACAACAGAGUUAUUGACCCAUGAGUACGCCUAUGUGAUUCUCUUUCUGAUUGAAAACCGAUUACUGUCCAACAAGGCUUGCAACUCCCUUGUUUAAUCUCACUUCCCAAUUAAAUUAUCCUUCUAAUCAACAUUACAUCACAAAUGAAGCACUGUGCUUUUAAUGAGCUGUCAGAUGACGAGUCCGAAUUGAGAGACCCACAUUCAAAGCGUCAUUGUCUGUUAUAUUUUGGUCAAUUGUAUCUAAAGAAAACCCAAAUGUUCACAGGUCCCUUACAAUCCUUCACUCUUCAUGAGAAAAAUGCUCUUCUAAUUGCAUCCGUUUCCAAGACCAAAAAAUGGUGUUGUUUGUUUUAUGGCUUGCCAGCUUCUCCUGGUGAGCCUUUUUUUAAAUCACAGACUGUAAACAGAGUUGGACACUAGUUCAGGAAGGGAAGCCGAGCUGAGGAGACCUUGAACCCUCCCAAAUCUGCUUAAUGAGAGCAGCAGACCAACUGGACACAAGCAAAACAUUGGCUGGUGUGGGAGAGUGAAGGGAACGCCUUUUUCAAGCCCUUUAAGGCGGAGGAAGAGUGGACGGUUCAGAGCCAGCUGCUUGGGCUUUUUAGGGUCAUCUGUGCGGGCAAAGCUAUUUAGAGUCACAGCAGUUGGAGGAAACGUGGUUCUAAAUGUUU